AUGAAAGAAAUAGAUAGUCUAACAACACUUAUAGAGAAAGCCGAGUGGGCGUCUUUUGUCUACAAAGAAGCAGCGUCCGCGUACAAGGCGUCCUACCAAAAGUUCACAGAAGCAGCAGUGCACCCAAGGAGCCGUGCGUGGCGGUCUGACGCUUUGAUCAUCUCUCUUCUAAAGCACUGCGACAUACAAGGACUUACUCUCCAAAGCAUACAAAAUGUCUCUCAAAUAGUCUCACAGGACUUGGACAAGGCAAUACACGCAGCACAGGUCCACAUGCAGGAAAACAGAAAAACAGAAGAAGAGUGGGAGGGCAUUCUACACGCGGAAUUUCAGAAAGUCCAAAAGCUGGUCCAGAAAAGAGGAAAAGCCCUCACAGGAUCGUGCGAUCUGUGGAAGGCAGACUUUGACCUAAAGCAAGCCAUCAUGGCAUACGUGAGAAAAGAAACAGAAAUGCAGGAGAGCAAAAAUAGAAUACAGCAGGCGAAUGUCCUAGCAUACAAUGCACUCCUAAGAUCCUACUACAGAACACUGAACGAGUACAUGGCAAGUGCGUCAGGACACUUAAGCAUUCUAGCAAAUGAUGUAGCAGACCACAUGAACACCCUAAACAGCCCAGAGGUUGUGCAGCCUGAAAUGUGUCUAGAUACUCCGCAAUCCGUCUCAUCAGAGAUGCUCCUAAACAGCCCAAUCUCAGAGACAUCGCAGCAGGAAAGAAACAGAUUCUCUGAAGUGUACAGCCAGGCCCUGCAGGAGAGCAGAGGAAAAGAAGUGCUGGAGCCAGCGGAGAAGUUGGCCAUCCGCGGAUGCGGUGUAUUUAUAGUGCCCAAAAUAUCUACAGUUCAUCUGGUGUUUAUCGUGUGCACAAACACCGAUUAUUUGCACGCAUUUUCAAUUCAGUCCAUACUAUCUAAAAUAUCUACCGAUUUAUUUAUAGAGGAGCUUGGGUGCCCGUUUAAAUCUCUGCAAAGCGCGCUCGAGAAGGGAAGUGCCACACAGAUAGAAGAAAUAAACAGCCACCUCCUGAAAAAUAUCAGCAGUCUCCCCGUGAUAGAAAAAGUGUUUCCAAUUCUGCUGAAAAAUAAAAACAUAAAGCUGCAAUCAGGCGGAAGAGAUAUAGAAAUAUCUGACUCCAGCUCCAUGUUUUUUUCCAGGAGAAUCAAAAUACAGGCAAGCUCGGUGCAGAUGAUGCGCAAGUUCUACUCUCUGAUGAAGCAGGAGACAAGCGAAGUGUGCCACACCUCGGAUGAAACGGGCGUCCCAAACGAGUUUAUGGUCUCCUGGUCGCCUGCUACGUAUGAAAAUCCAUAG